AUGCAAUCUGAUGUGAAUUCUGAUGAUGAUAGAGUAGAGACGGAAACAAUAGACGAAAUGCAAGACACCCUGAACGUCGAGCCAGCGACACCUACUUCUGUUUCUUCAGAAAAUGUUGAGGAUUCGUCCACAGGCACGUCAAGUCAUGUUGCUGAACCCCGAACAGUUUUGAAAAGCCGACUCCGUAAAAGAAAAAAUAAUAUUGCUGAUUUAGUGGCCAUCGAAAAACAGAAAUUGGAAUUCAUCAGAACAAAGAGAGCCAACAUAGAGGAAACCAAAGAGGAUGAUCAUCUGGCAUUUUUAAGAGUUUACUGCCACACGUAA